AAAAAAAACAAAAACUUCCUUUUUCCGAAACGGUGCGUUUACAUGCGAAACACCGACCUCUUAUAUGAACCCUAACCCAUUCGCUUUUGUGUUUUUCACAACCACAAAUUUUCUCUGCCGAGUCGGGAAUAACAGUUGAAGCGAAACGAUGUCGUCCUCUGCUGAGAACAAGAAGAUAAUGCUGAGGAGUUCGGACGGGGAAACGUUCGAGGUGGACGAGGUGGUGGCGAAGGAGUCGCAGACGAUCAAGCACAUGAUCGAAGACGAGUGCGCUGACACCGUGAUCCCCUUGCCGAACGUCACCAGUCAGAUUCUUUCAAAGGUAAUUGAGUACUGCAAGAGGCACGUCGAAGCCAAUGCAAGCAAGGAAUCUGGUAUGCUUAAAUUUUCUGAUGAGGAUCUCAAGAACUGGGACCAAGAGUUUGUCAAGGUUGAUCAGAACACCCUCUUUGACCUCAUCCUGGUAAUCUUUGCGUCCAACUAUUUGAACAUCAAGGGGUUGCUGGACUUGACCUGCCAGACGGUGGCUGACAUUAUAAAGGGGAAGACGCCAGAGGAGAUCCGCAAGUCGUUCAACAUCAGGAAUGAUUUCACUCCUGAGGAAGAAGAGGAGGUCAGAAGGGAGAACCAGUGGGCAUUUGAGUAAAAGAAGACUCUCAGUUACCCCUCAACCAUCAAGGCCGGCCUUAUAGUACUCUCUUUCAAUUAUUUAGUCCGCCAUUAGGUUUAUUCGGUAGUUUUGUUUGUUAUGUAUGGGAUUCCAUGAGCUUUUGUGUUCGGAUAAGUGGUUCUGAUCUGUACAUGGAAGAAACCAUAUUUGAACUAACAUAAGAGUAUUCUGCAACAUAUUAUAUUUAAUAUUACUUUAAUGCCUAUUAAUUAAAAUGAUAUUGUUUUAA